GCGGCGGGCGGCUUUGAAUAUAAAACGGCUCCACCUUUUGGCUCGCCCCUCCCAUUUGUCCUCGCCUCGCUCUCAGGCUCGCGUCACUCGGCCACAGCGGAGCAACCCGCAAACCCCCGGAGAAUCAUCAAUCCGUCAAAGUCUCCCAAGAACCAAGAAAACACCUGAGAAAUGGCUGAAGAGGAUAUCCAGCCUCUCGUGUGUGACAAUGGCACCGGAAUGGUCAAGGCGGGUUUCGCUGGUGACGAUGCGCCGAGGGCCGUCUUCCCCAGCAUCGUCGGCAGGCCGCGGCACACCGGCGUCAUGGUUGGCAUGGGCCAGAAGGACGCCUACGUGGGCGACGAGGCUCAGUCCAAGAGAGGUAUCCUGACGCUCAAGUACCCGAUCGAGCACGGCAUCGUCGGCAACUGGGACGACAUGGAGAAGAUAUGGCACCACACCUUCUACAACGAGCUUCGUGUCGCGCCCGAGGAGCACCCCGUGCUGCUGACCGAGGCUCCCCUCAACCCCAAGGCCAACAGGGAGAAGAUGACCCAGAUCAUGUUCGAGACUUUCAACUGCCCCGCCAUGUACGUCGCCAUCCAGGCCGUCCUCUCCCUCUACGCCAGCGGCCGGACAACCGGUAUCGUGCUGGACUCCGGCGAUGGUGUGAGCCACACCGUGCCGAUAUACGAAGGAUACACGCUGCCUCACGCGAUUCUCCGGCUGGACCUCGCCGGGCGCGACCUCACGGACAGCCUCAUGAAGAUCAUGACGGAGCGAGGCUACUCCUUCACGACGACGGCCGAGCGAGAAAUCGUGAGGGACAUCAAGGAGAAGCUCGCCUACGUGGCCCUCGACUACGAGCAGGAGCUGGAGACGGCCAGGAGCAGCAGCUCCGUGGAGAAGAGCUACGAGCUGCCGGACGGCCAGGUCAUCACCAUUGGGGCGGAGAGGUUCAGGUGCCCCGAGGUCCUGUUCCAGCCGUCCAUGAUCGGCAUGGAAGCUCCUGGCAUCCACGAGGCGACUUACAACUCCAUCAUGAAGUGCGAUGUGGAUAUCAGGAAGGAUCUGUACGGGAACGUUGUGCUCAGUGGGGGGUCUACCAUGUUCCCUGGCAUUGCGGACCGUAUGAACAAGGAGAUCACUGCGCUUGCGCCCAGCAGCAUGAAAGUGAAGGUGGUUGCUCCGCCGGAGAGGAAGUACAGUGUCUGGAUUGGGGGUUCCAUUCUCGCCUCCCUCAGUACCUUCCAGCAGAUGUGGAUCUCCAAGGCAGAGUACGAUGAGUCUGGUCCAUCCAUCGUCCACAUGAAGUGCUUCUGAGUUUACCUGUGUUUCAGUAGUUGCUUGAGGUGCAGAUUGAAGAUGCUUGAUUGUGUCCCAUGGUUUCCACGGCUUCAUGGCUCUUUCCGAGUCACUGGAUCGCCGCUGGCCAUGGAACUACGUGGAAGGUUCUCACUUCUCAGAGUCGAUCGAAGAAAUCUGUAAGUCGUCGGGUCGGUUUUAGUCGGGAUACCGAACAACGGCAUUGCACCUGGGAGUUCCUAGUGCGUGCGGUGGAUUUGCGCUUUCACAGGAUAGCAGCAGGGUUUGUUUCCAAUACAGUUUGGGGGCGUGUCAGUGGUUUCGGCUAUUCAGCUUACACAUAUGUUGAAAACCUGAAACAGAGUUUGCCGUUUAUUUCUUCUUUUCGAACGUUGGUUUGCAUCUGUAGGAGUGUCAAUUCUUGUAUCACUACUUCUCUAUUGGACGUUUUUUCUUGGGAAGAUAUUUGGUUUGUUCU